AGGACCACUAUAGUACAUAGAGGUGAGCUGCUCUGUAAGAGUAGUUUGGUAGGUCACUACAACAUUGGAUAUCAAUAUAUGGUUUGGCAUUAGAAGAGUUUGGUUGAUUGGAAUUCUUCCAUUGCCCAAUAAAAGCCAGGAUUAUUACAGAUCUCAGAUUAAACGGUGGGUUGACAGAGGGGUCUUGGUAAAAAUAUUAUUGUCAUACAUGCUUAACAGUAAUACUUGCUGACUAAACAUACAAAAAUAAAGGAACCAUACCCACUAUCUCGCUUUUGGAACUAUGGAUAAAAGCCCUCUCUGACGACACAACCACCUCUCUCUCUUUUGGAACUAUGGAUAAAAGCCCUCUCUGGCAACACAACCACCUCUCUCUCUUUUGGAACUAUGGAUAAAAGCCCUCUCUGGCGACACAACCACCUCUCUCUCUUUUGGAACUAUGGAUAAAAGCCCUCUCUGGCAACACAACCACCUCUCUCUCUUUUGGAACUAUGGAUAAAAGCCCUCUCUGGCGACACAACCACCUCUCUCUCUUUUGGAACUAUGGAUAAAAGCCCUCUCUGGCGACACAACCACCUCUCUCUCUUUUGGAACUAUGGAUAAAAGCCCUCUCUGGCAACACAACCACCUCUCUCUCUUUUGGAACUAUGGAUAAAAGCCCUCUCUGGCGACACAACCACCUCUCUCUCUUUUGGAACUAUGGAUAAAAGCCCUCUCUGGCGACACAACCACCUCUCUCUCUUUUGGAACUAUGGAUAAAAGCCCUCUCUGGCAACACAACCACCUCUCUCUCUUUUGGAACUAUGGAUAAAAGCCCUCUCUGGCGACACAACCACCUCUCUCUCUUUUGGAACUAUGGAUAAAAGCCCUCUCUGGCGACACAACCACCUCUCUCUCUUUUGGAACCUCUGGCCUAAUUUACGCCUUUUGUUUUCCAAUCCUAAAUCCAGGCUCAGAGAACUGACCUUGACCUGGCCUGUACAGUACGUCACUAAGUACAUUAGCUCGCGUGGGUCUCUUUGCAGUCAAUGCAAUCUGGGACUAGAGCACUCCUGCAGCCAUGGCAACCUCAUGCUGCGUGGUACCCAGCACAAGGGCUGCAGUGGGAUGACAUGUAGUACAUCUAAAAUAACAGCUUCUCAGUGGGAGAGAAGAUUGAUGAGCGAGAUCAAUUGAUGGUUGUUUUCGAAGAUUGGAGAUUACUGUUGGAAAUUAAUACAGCCUGCCAAAUUAGGAAGCGGUGAAAAAAAACAUUGAUACUGGUAGACCAGAUGGAAACAUCAAUGAGGGUGCCACACUCCGCUUGAAGAAGAGUGGAGGUAGACUAGAGUGAGGGGACAAUGGACCAUAACUUGGACUAUGGGGAACCACAAGAGGAGGUGUUCUUUGAGAACUACAAGCCUCCCUCUCGGGACGCUAUCACCCUGCCCAACUAUGUUAUCUAUCUGUUCCUAGCAUCGGUGGUGGCUCUGAUCGCCCUGUACGCCAUCAUCAGGCACCUCAUCAAAGAGCUGAUUCAUGACCUAGCAGACUACCUGUUUGGGGUACAGCCUGACGAGGAGGUGGUUAACCCCUGGGAGUGUAAGGACAAGUUCCAGGUGGACUGGUGUCCAGAGACCAAUGCUGAGCUGGAGGCUAUGGUCAAGGCGGAGGAGAUCCACUGCCUGAUGGAGGGCAACAAGAACAUGCCUGCCAUCUGGGUCAUCUCAGAUGGACGUGAGCCACGGCCCCCGCGCACGGGCCCCAGGGUCGCCUUCGGCAGGAUGAGCUAGCUACAAAGGGGCAGGCACACAGACUGACUGCUAGAGACAAGGCUGGGUACAGCAAUGUGGCAGAUGCACUGUAAACUGUAAGCCAAAAGAGAUAUACUGUGUUGUAAUCAUGUACUCAUUACUGCAUUACACAAUAAUCUCCACAUGCUGGCGGCAUGUCAAGAGCUUCAUAAGUGACCAGUCCUUGUUGUAUUGUUAGUGUUUAGACUAGGCCUUUAGACCUCCCUUUGACCAUAUGAAGAGGAAAUGCUUUCAGGACUUUCAACUGUGAGCUAUGUUGUUGAACACGUUUAUUCCGUAUGGUUUCUGAUGAUUUUAAACCAUUUCUCUCAAAAAUACUUGUUUUCUACUUAUUGUACAUUUAUUUUACACAAUAUUACACAUUUGCAUGCUAUCCAGUAAACACAUGACAUGAUCGUUACUGAAAGCUGGUUUCAGGAGCAAAUGAAAAGUCAUGAGUUUGGAGUGGACACACCUUUCAGGCAAUAAAAUCUGCUGGUAUCAUUGGCAACAUGGUGCAAUCUGGUUGCUCUCUGUGCUGUAUACUGCACUUUGACCUCACAGGACGUUACCAGUCCAGAAGGAGUAUCGUGACAGUGAACAGGUUCUACACAACACCAACCUCAGAGGCCUCCUGGGAUCAACAAGGAUUCAUAAUGUCUCUCCACAAAACUUUCCUGGUUUGUUUAUUACUGGCGGUUUGUGUUAACCAGGCCCAGAGUGGUAAGCCAAACGGAGGCUUACGACUCACUACAUCCAAGGGUGGGACACUGCAGCCUUGGCUUGUUGGUCUGGCUGCUGUAGUGGGAUUCCUCUUCAUCGUCUUCGUCAUCCUUAUUGUACAAAGGCUUUUCUUCAAGAAGGAAAAAGAGGAAGAUGGUGGUUUCUAUGAGAACACAGCUGUAGAAAUGGAAGCUGGCAAGGCCAGUGAGGUUAAACAAACCAGCCUAUAGAGAGACCACCAAACAAACCAUCCAGGGAGGGGACAGGCUCAGACACCAGUUUCCACGCCCGUUUUGGGUUUCUUACUUCUCCUGCACAUGCAUUUCUUUCAACUCUAUGAUUGUCAUAUCCUAUGUUUGUGCAAUUAAACAAAUGAAGAAAAUAUAGAUAUUGUCCUCAACUUU